UUUUUCUGCAACCAUGAAAGAAACUAUCCUCAUUCUCUCAUGGCCAUUCUUCUCUCCCUUUCUCCCCCCAACCCCGUCUUCCCCAAAAUCCCUUCUUUGCUCACUCCAAACCCUAAUUCCACAUUCUCCUCCAUCACCACCACCUCCAGACGACAUUCGAUUCUCAAAAUCACUUCUCUGUUUGUCAUCUCCUUUGCACCGCAACAGUUCUCGCUAGCCCGCUCUUCUGAACAAGCUCCGGCUCCGGCUCUGGCGAAACCCUCGCUCUCUGGUAUCGUCAACACCAAAUCCUGGUUCCAGUUCGUCGGCAAUGGCUUCGCCAUUCGGAUCCCUCCUCAGUUCGAGGACAUUAUGGAGCCCGAGGAUUUCGAUGCUGGGUUGUCUCUGUACGGAGAUAAGGCAAAGCCCAAGACUUUUGCAGCUCGUUUUGCAUCUCCUGAUGGAUCUGAGGUUUUAAGUGUCAUAGUUCGUCCUACCAAUCAACUCAAAAUCACCUUUUUAGAGGCCACUGACGUAACGGAUUUAGGUUCCUUGAAAGAAGCUGCUAGAAUCUUUAUUCCAGGUGGGGCAACUUUAUAUUCUGCCCGGACACUAAAAAUAAAGGAAGAAGAAGGCUACAGGACUUAUUACUUCUAUGAAUUUGGCCGAGAUGAUCAGCAUGUAGCACUGGUUGCUGCUGUUAAUAGUGGGAAGGCAAUUAUUGCUGGAGCAACUGCGCCGCAGUCCAAAUGGGAUGAUGACGGCAUGAAGCUUCGUUCUGCUGCUAUAUCAAUGACAGUUUUAUAGCCAUGUGCAGCUACAAUAUAGAGGACAACACAGAUUUUGUAGACCAUCACUGAGGCAAACUAUGACCAGAAGAUUCAUAACGAUCAUACAGGCAUCUCCAGCUCAGUAAUUGAUAUUUCAGCGCUUCUGUAGCUAGCUGUUUUUUGGAUUGAAAAUCUGUUUUUUUUUUUUUUUUUUUUUUUUUUUUUUGAACAGGUCACUGUCAAAAGAAUUUAAAUUUUGUCGUGGAGAUUGAAAAUCUUUCUAAUCUUAUCAGAAGUCCUUGGCUAUAAGCUUUGUGAAAACAGAUUUCUGCCCGAACAACUAAUCUUGCGGUGAAACUCUAGGGGAACCAAAGAAAGAGAUGGAGAUUUCCCUAGGAAGGAUUUGGUUAAACAAAAUAACCUUCUUUAUAUUGUAGCCACAUUCAAUCUUGCA